AUGGACCCAGCCACGUUCUUGUCUCAGUACACCGAUGUUGACUCUUCCAAUCCAGCCGCCAAGAUCAAGCUCGCCCAUGGCACGACGACGCUUGCUUUCCGCUUCCGUGGCGGUAUCAUCGUCUGCGUUGACUCAAGAGCCACAGCAGGAUCCUACAUUGCCUCUGGUACCGUAAAGAAGGUCAUUGAGAUCAAUCCUUAUCUUCUCGGAACCAUGGCUGGUGGUGCAGCCGACUGCCAGUACUGGGAGACGUAUCUCGGUAUUCAGUGCCGUCUGCAUGAGCUGCGCAACAAGGAACGUAUUUCAGUUGCCGCAGCUAGCAAGUAUCUGAGUAAUCUCGUCUACAGCUACAAGGGCAUGGGUCUCUCGAUGGGUACCAUGAUCUGUGGAUGGGAUAAGACCGGUCCCGCUCUCUUUUACGUCGAUUCGGAUGGUAAUCGUCUCAAGGGUGACGUGUUCAGUGUCGGUUCCGGUUCCACAUUCGCCUAUGGUGUUCUUGAUCAGGGCUACAAAUGGGAUCUUUCGGAUGAAGAGGCGCAGGAGCUUGGACGCCGCUCCAUCUACGCCGCCGCUCACCGAGACGCUUACUCGGGUAACACCGUUAAUCUUUACCACGUCCGCGAAAAUGGAUGGGAGUUCAUCGCCAACUACGACGUUUCCAAGCUGCAUUACGAAGGACCUGGUGACAAUGUACCUGGAGCGCCAGGCGGAGGCUAUGGCUGGGAGGUGCGAACGCAGGGUCUGUCAUCCAAGCUCGAAGCACAGCCAGGGCACAGCGUCAGCGGUCAGGGUGGACGUUUCGCUGACGAACAGCCUCUCGCUGCCCAAGUGCGACCCGAGCAAGCAUAG